UGCGUCGAUCACCAUGUAAAUGAACAGACAGUUUGGAGAAAUUCAUUAAAGCCUAACCAAGGCCAGGUGCUACUUUCACUGCAUGAACGGCAGAYCRAGAUGCAUCACAUCAGUUUUUAGAAUUAUCUUCACUAGACCGACAUCCGCUCCAAGAAAACAAUCUAUUCAACUGCGCAUUUAAGCCUGAUGUUGGACUGGCUUUGUUAAUUGAUUAUAUUAAACCAACUUCCUCAUUUAAAUUGGUUGCCUGGUGAACUGACAUUCUGKCGACACACACCAAGGUUGACAUGAAUAAGUGAGCAUCGUGGAAUCGGUGAUUAUUUUCGAUAUUCCACGGGUUUUUAUCAUCAAAAGGUAUUCAGUCGRCUUUGCUGUGAAGGUUCGUGGUUAUUGCGUGCGAUAAUCCCUUGUUUGGAACAACAUUCAGCGUGCGUCUGUUGGUUUUUCUAGUGUGAAGAUUUGGUUAAGUAAACUCCUUCGAAUACAAGCAAAACGGCGAAAAUUCAGUAAGACUAAACGUCAAGAGAGUGAAAAAACGUCAAUAUUCGUGAGAAAUCUAUAURUUAUAUACACCAUGGAAAAUAGCACACAUAAGAAGCCAAUAAUGCCUCCUACACCUGACGAAGUGUGGUACUGGUCACUACGAUGCAUUAUCGCCCUUAUUGGAUGGGUGGGAAAUGGUGUGGUUAUCUACAUUAUUGCGUGCUCUAAGCGUCUACAAGUCAUAUCCAAUUGGUUCAUUUUAUCACUAGCCGUAGCCGAUCUCUCUGUGACUUUUGUAGUCGCUGUGCCUGAGUUUAUAUGUAGUGUUUUGAUCAAGACAUGCGAUUGGUGGAAGAUUAAAGUAUUGUACGAUGUAUGUYUGUAUGCCUCAGUUCUUAACUUAUGUACCAUGACAUUCGAUAGACAUUUUGCGAUUGUCCAUCCUCUAAAAUACCAGMGGUUCAUGARCACAAGACUACUGUAUGCUAUCUUGGCAAUCACUUGGUUCACUGCCGUAAUAGUGCCUUUACCGUACUAUAUCGCUUUGAUAGCACACCAGCACAAGGCAUUUGCUAUGCUSCAGAUGCUAGUGAGACUUCUUCUUGAAGUAAUGCCAUGUUUCUUACUCAUUAUUACAUAUUUGCACAUGGCGUACAUUGCAAGAAARCAAAUGAAAAGAGUUCAACAUCAAAGGGAGCAGUUAUCGCACAAUUAUAACUGCCCGGUGAGCAUUCAUUUUCGCCCUAAAGGUUCAGUGAGGUCUGUUGGUUGUGUUGUAUUGAUAUUCAUACUAUGUUAUGCAGUAGCUGCCUACAAGGGGUUUCUAAACUACGUUGAAUUUAYCGACGCGCCGGAUGAAAUAGUUGCGAUCGCGCGAAUGCUGUACCACCUGAACUCAGCUGCUAAUUGUAUAGUGUAUGCUCUCUGUCGAAAAGAUGUCAGGAAUGAGAUUAUAAAGGUUUUUCGUCCAAACAAACGCAGGACGCCUCAAGAAGUAAGAAUGUCAUUGUCAGAGCAUAAAAUAGGAGGGAAAUCAAACACUGGUGAUAAGAAAUCACAAGCUGGGCAACAAAAAUGAUAAAAUGCGCAAUUUAUUCUUUACUGGACGAGACUACAUCCCAGCCAUUGUAUCAGUAGAUGGCAAAARUACGCAAAAGUACAUAUGGUCAUCACUGCUAGCGCUUGCAAUUAAACCGGUCCAUAUGAGAACACUAUUGAACAUUAUAACAGAGAAUGCAAUUAAAACUUAUGACAGCYUGUCAAAACUUACAAUACAUAUUACAAAGAACAAUCAAUAGCUGUAGAAAUGGUUCGAGUAUUGCAAACAAUUUUUUGACAAAAAAUACAAGUGAUUUAUCAUGAGUGAAGAGCUUAURCCUUCAGAAAAAGCCGCCACACGGAGUGUACGGACAUACAGCGUUAUACAAAUACAGCGCAGCAAAAUGUUGUACAAAAUAGUCCAUAAUUAUUUGUUUAUCAACUGAAUUUCGUCAAAAAAUGAGAACAGAAUGAAAUGAAUGCCGAAUGAAAUGAAUCAUUAUCUUCUGAAGAUUGCAUUAUCUCUAUUGUGUGCAGACACUUAAAGAGAUUUUCGUUUGGAAAUUACUAAAACUGAGUGGGAAAAAAGAGAUGAAUGAAUUGCGCUCAUUAUUGAAAGUCAUUAUAUUAGAAUUCGGUGAACAUGUGAACAAACAAAGCUACAGAUCAUGCGGAUAUUCAUGUAUGUCAAAAGGGAACGCGCGACGGCUUUUUCGAAAGUAUAGAACUCCCCMAAAAACUAGACGUAAGUUCUAUAGAAAUUAUAGACAACAAGCUUUAAAAAACAAAAAGGCUAUAUAUCCAACCAUUCACUCGUAGCAAGCAGUUURGAAAUGCAGCUGAAACUAUAAACGUGACAAGCCAUUCAAUGAUGAAAUUUUUGUACUUUGAAACCACGCGCACAGCAUUAGCAAAAUCAUUUAGACAGUCAAUCACAAGAAUGACAAGCACUGCAGUGGUAAAAACCACAUAUUAGCAUCGCAUCGGCGAAUCAUUGUAUCGAUUGAGAACUAUGCUUWAUUUGCCUAGCUAACCUGUGUCAUCAUAGGAAAUCUCCAUCUGUAGUUUACCGACAUGUACCUAGCUAGUUAUAUCAUUUAYACUAACGACUUGCGUUCCAACUGUUAUUUAUCUAUCUAUUUAUAAUCUAGCUUUACGUAUCAUUAAUUUUAAUAAAACCAAGACCAUACCAUGUCUURUUGGA